AACAGCUAGACUGACAGUCUUUCUAGCCAAUCAGCGCACUGCACAAGCCACACGUGGUUCCUCCACGGGGCGGGGCAGCACGCACAUAGCAAGGAACAGAGGCCAGACAAACGCUACAUUUCCACAUCCACCAUCGUCUUUACGUCAAAACAAUUAACAAACAGUGCGACGCGCUGAAUAAUACUGGUUCGUUGCGGUGAGAAACGCACUGUGAACACCGGAAAGCUUCCGCGGGGCUGACGAGCGUUGCACAAGGGAUAGCCCGACUACAGCGCGCGAGGUGAGGUUUAGAAACGGCCGGGGAAAGAAGGCCUCCCUUCAGCGCUCUUAGACCUGCGGGGAAAAGUGAAGAGCGCCGCCUGACGACCGCCAUACAGCGGGGUGGCUAGCUCAGGAGACAGCGGGGUGCGCCAUAAGCUCUGGUAAAAUCUGAAGAGCGCCACCAACUGCUCGCCAAAAGGUUGUUUUGAGGCUUAUGAUUCAUAUUGAGCAUAAGAAUGCAUACUGAACCCAGUGACUGUGACUCAUAACCCCAGCACUGCAUCUGCUCUUCAGCACACCAAGAGACUCUGCAUCUUAACAAGUUUAGAACUGUGCAGUUACCAUGAGUGAGCAGGAAUAUGUGGAGCAUCAGUACAUGUGCAGUGAGUGCCAGCAGCUCUUUAAUACGCUGGAGGAGGUGCUGGUGCAUCAGCAGAUCCACACCGGAGCAGAGGGGGACGAGGUCGAGGUCCUGCCGAGCCUUGAGGACUGUGACGCUGGGAAGAGCCAGUAUCAAUGCCUUGAGUGUGGAGCCAUCCUCAGGAACCCAGAUGAACUGCUGCUGCAUCAAGAGCUGCACAUGAGAGAGGCAGGCCAGGAGCUGUGUGAGGUCACAGAGGUGGAUGCUGUCGAUGCAGAAGUGCCAAUCCAGUAUCAGUGUUUGGAAUGUCUGGCUCUGUUUGACACACCUGAGCUGUGGUUGGCUCACAGACAGGCACACAAUAGAAGCAGCACCCACAGCAGCUUGAACACUGACACAGAAUAUGUUCUUCAGGCAGAUGGUUCAGUCACUCCGGUUCAGUUGCUCAAUGUUCAAAAUCUAGUUCUGGAUGAACAGAAGGCAGGCCAGAUCCUGACCUUAGCCCAGUGGGGUCCAUGGAGUUUCGUUGUGACAAUGUCUGGGCCUAUUUCCACAUUGUUCUUCUUAGGCCAGGACAAAGAGAGUGGGGACACUGGGGUGAUGGUGGGGUAUGAAGAUAUUUCUGGGGCUAAGGAAGAUGAAGGAAGAAGUAAUGGAUCUGAAGAGGGCAGCAAAGUUGGCAAAGUUAUUGCUGGGAGGCGUACAUACACUGCCCGCUUGGCUGGUUUGGGUUUGACACCGUCACCCAGCAAUCUUCGGUGUGAGGAGUGCAAAAGAACAUUCACCUCUGCCAAUCGGCUUGUGGCACACCUUCGAGUGCAUGAACAAGGAACACAUGAGUGCCCAGAGUGUGAUAAAGUGUUUAAGAAGUUGGUGUCCCUUCAGACUCACAUGCGCACACACUCUGGUGAGGCACGCUUUCUGUGUGUGGACUGUGGACAUGGUUUUACCACAGAAAUUACUCUUAUGAUACACAGGAAAUCCCAUACAUCUGAGCCACUGCACAAAUGCCCAUUUUGUGCCAAAACCUUCACCAACAUGACCAAGUUCUUGUACCAUCGUCGCACUCACAGAGUACGUGAGCCGACCGCACCAGUCUCUCAGUUUGUACUGGCCCAGCAGUCACCUCUCUCUAUCAUUCAAAGAGCAAGAGAACGAGAGGCUGCUUGGAGGAAAGAGAGACAAGCGGUGACUAUUCCUCCUGUGGAAGAUGACAGAAAAGAGUCCAGUGGCACAGGUUCUGGAGGUAUUGCAGUGGUUUCCCAGUCUUCAGAGCCAACAGAAAAUGGGCUUCAUGCUGAACCCUCAAACACAGAACAAACCCAAAAUGGAGGGAAAAUACAGACAGACGACCCUAACCAUUCAACUGCUGCCAAUGUGGGAGGAGGAGAGGAAGAAAGUAAACUUGGGACUCUUGCUGCUGAGGAAGAGCCAAAGUUCCCUUGCUCUAUUUGUAAUAAAAGAUUCUCCUCACAGGUUCAUCUGUUGCGUCAUCGCCGAACGACUCAUACGACCGAAAGGCGCUUUAAAUGCAACAUCUGCGGGAAACCGUUCAAGAAGCAGAUCCAUCUGCGAAACCACCUGCGCACACACACGGGCGAGCGUCCGUUCCAGUGCAACUGCAGCGUGUGUGGAAAGACCUUUUCCUCUCUUGCAAAUCUUUCCCGCCAUGGACUUACACACACGGGAGUCCGUCCGUACCGGUGUGACGUAUGCCACAAAGCCUUCAGCCAAUCGUCAAAUCUACGCCAACACCGUCAGCAUCUUCACAGCAACACGACGCCCUCACCCUGUCCAGACUGCUCUGCUACUUUUAUCCGUCCUGCUAAACUUGUAGCUCAACGUUUUCUUCACCACCCAGGGUCACCGGCACCUUACCCCUGUCCGCAUUGUUCCGAGGGGUUCUUGCGCAAGCGUCAGCGAGACCUACAUUGCCUGGAGGAGCAUCCCAACCUGACACAGCCACAUGGCAUCUCCCAGGACUCCCAGGUUAGCAGUCAACAGGGCACGACGGAUAAGACAGAGCAGCUAAGCACUCCUUCGAUGGCGAGACCUAAUCUGGAUUGCACUAUUUGUGGCAAGAGGUUAAACUCUCCUGCAAAUCUCCGCCUGCACCAGCUAAGUCACGGACUUGGGCCCGGCCGGCCUCGAGGCUCAAGCUCCGCCACUGGCAAGUCUCAUCCCUGUCCGGUCUGUGGAAAACUUUUUGGUUCAGCCUCAAGCGUUACACUACAUCAGAGAGUACACACCGGUGAGCGUCCGUAUCCUUGUGCGAUCUGCGGAAAACGGUUUCGCCAGAACACACACCUGCGGGAGCACCUUCGCACGCAUUCGGGCGAGCGUCCGUUCCGGUGCGAGUUCUGCGAUAAGGGCUUUGUGCAGAGCAUGCAUCUGGCAGAACACCGGCGUACACACACGGGCGAGCGGCCGCAUGCUUGCGGUGAAUGUGGAAAGACCUUCAAGACGUUUUCGAACCUUAGGAACCAUCGUAAGACCCACACUCACACCCAAAAGCAACAAGAGCCAGAACACAAUGCAGAAGCAGUGACUGCAGAAUGUAACACAGCAACUUUUGCUGUUGUGGAAGCUUCUGAGAUGGACAUGGCAGCCACGGUACCAGCCUUCUGCCAGCAAGAGGUUCAGCUUGGACAGCCCCAAGUCAUUCAAAUACAGACAUCCAACCUGACACAGACUCAUGGAACUCCCACUAUCAUGUGUAACGAGCUUGGAGAGACUAUAGCCAUCAUUGAGACAAGCGGAGACCUGGCAGAGGCCAUCGAGCUGUACCACACGGCAUUGGAGAGUGGCAUCAGCAUGGAGGCCAUCACUGUGGACAGCCUGCAGUUAAUGUGAGAGAAGUGAAGAACAGGGCAGCAUUCCUGUGGCCAUCGUCUUGGAGAUUUAAAGACUGCGAUUAAAAGAAGAGCAUAAGUGAUGUCAGAUGGGUCAGAACAAGUGAAAGCAGAGAUUGAGAGAAAGUGUUCCAAAUUCAAGACGUUGUAUUAAUUUCCAUUAAAGUCAUUGAAUGUGUGAACACGCGUACCUCAAAUAGCCGAUCCAGUCUAUCCUUUCAGAUAUUUUUCAGCCUUGUUUUAAAUUUUUAAAAGACAUUUUUCAAAAUUUCAGUUUACAAUCUUAAAAGAGGGCUGAUUUUAGAGGAUGCAUCUGACAGGCUCAGAUCUAUGAUUAGAUGGCUCCUGUUUUGGGACUAGAAAUGGACAGUCUGUCUUACUGAUGACACCGCAUGACACUCUUGUUCUGGCAUUUGGACAGAGCCAGAUAGAGGGUAUAAAGGCACAGAUUUCUAAAUUAAAGAAUUACACCCAUGGACAGUAAUGAUUUCCGGUUAACAUUCUAACCUGCAGUUGUUGCAAGGAGGUAGUUUAAGGGCAUUGACCUGAAGAACAAAACAACAGGGAAGAGGGAGUUCAAAACAAGUAAUGGACACAGGAUUCCCAUGUGUUACAUAUCAUACAUCUCUCGGUCUGUACACUGAAUGUUUGUAGCAUUUUUAAUGUUAUGAUGCUGAUUUGGAGAAGUGUUGCAAAUAAACAGUUUCUCUGUUUCCCUUGUAAUUGCUUUGAGGAAAUAACAGCAAUAACGACAUCACCUUAAAGGGA